CUCACUUGAAAAAUGGCGGAGAUAAAGGAGAAAUAAUCGGGAAAACGCGUAGCUAAAAUAUAAAUUUCUUCUCUAUCCUCACGCGUUAUUUUCUCACUGACAAGGAAAAUCCAGGUUUGUCCUGUAGUGAAAGGGGGAGCUUUUGUCUUAACAAGAACUAAAUUUCCGGCAAUUCCCCUCCCUUCUCAAGUCUUUGGUUCAGACUUUUUGGACAGUGUAAUCACCGCCACAUUUGGCUGAAACAUUGGUCAAUCAUUUUGGUUCACUUUGCAUAUUUGGCCUCGCAUUUCCCCCACAAAAACAACCUCUUGUUUCUCUGAUUCAUUGUACUGGACCAAGCUAGGGUUCUUGAACCAGUUUGUGUGUGUGUGGAGCAGCUGGAGAAAGCUAUGAAACGAAAUGGAGGGUAUUAGUGAGAGUAGAAGUAAUAUGCAGAAGCUUCAAUCACCACCGUCGAAUUCCAUCCCUAAGCCACAAAGCAACUUAGAUAUACCCAUUUUCAAUGCCUCUCAAAUGGCUCCUUCUCCUCAUACGCGUUUAAGUCCUGAGAACAAUAACAACAAAAGACCCGGGAUACCUCCUUCACACCCCAAUUACCCCGCUGCUACAUCGCCUUACUCACAGAUCAUUGGUUCUCGUUCCAAUUCUCAACAAGGGGCACCGUCUCAUUCCAGGUCUCUAUCUCAACCCACAUUCUUUUCCCUUGAUAGCUUGCCCCCAUGGAGUCCUCCCCCUUAUCGAGAGCCGUCUGUCGCGUCUCUGUCUGAUCCUGCUUCUAAUGAUGUUUCUAUGGAAGAAAGGGUAGUCAAUUCUAAUGUUAGGUCCUCACUUCCUUCACCUGUUGCUAGAGGAGUUAACGAGUUUCGUGUCGGCGAGAGUUCGAGUUUGCCUCCGCGUAAAGGACAUAGGCGGUCUAGCAGUGAUGUUCCACUAGGAUUUUCUGCUAUGAUUCAGUCUUCGCCUCAAUUGCUUCCCAUAGGGAGUCGUGGCGUGUUGGAUAGGUCAGUUUCGGGUAGGGAGAGUUCUUCUGGUGUGGAGAAACCGAUUCAGCUGGUGAAACGAGAAUCAGAAUGGAGCAAGGAUGGGAGUAGUAAUGUAGAAGGGAUGAGUGAAAGGAAAUCCGAGGGGGAUGUUGCUGAUGACUUGUUCAAUGCGUACAUGAAUUUGGACAGUCUUGAGACAUUGAACUCUUCUGGAACUGAGGAUAAGGAUUUGGAUAGCAGAGCAAGUGGCACAAAGACAUAUGGAGGUGAAAGUAGUGACAAUGAAGUGGAGAGUAGAGUAAAUGGACAUCCAAUUAGUAUGCAGGGAAUGAGUGCUGGUGCUUCAAAUGAGAAGGGGGUCAAGAGGAGUGCUGGUGGAGAUAUUGCUCCCACUGCUCGGCAUCAUAGAAGUGUUUCAAUGGAUAGUUACAUGGGAAGUCUGCAAUUUGAUGACGAAUCAUCAAAGAUUCCUCCUGGUAGCUCAGUGGAUGCAAAUUCGGGCAAGUUCAACCUUGAGCUUGGGAGUAGUGAGUUCAGUGAAGCUGAGAUGAAAAAGAUCAUGGAAAAUGAGAAGCUUGCUGAGAUUGCUUCUGUAGACCCAAAACGCGCCAAAAGGAUUUUGGCUAAUCGUCAAUCAGCUGCUCGUUCAAAGGAGCGGAAGAUGCGGUACAUUGCAGAAUUAGAACACAAGGUGCAAACUCUGCAAACAGAGGCAACCACAUUAUCUGCACAGCUAACAAUGUUACAGAGAGACUCUGCUGGGCUUACUAGUCAGAACAAUGAGUUGAAAUUUCGUCUUCAGGCCAUGGAGCAACAGGCCCAACUGAAAGACGCACUAAACGAAGCAUUAGCUGCCGAAGUCCAGCGACUGAAGGUUACUGCAGCAGAGCUCAGUGGGGAGGCUCAUCUUUCAAGCUGCAUGGCUCAGCAGCUUUCGCUGAAUCAUCCGAUGUUCCAAUUACAGCCUCAGCAACCUCAGCAGGUGAAUGUUUAUCAGAUGCAGCAACAGCAGCAACACCAACAGCCACAGCACAGUCAGCACAACCAGUUGCAGACCCAGCAGCAACAGAAUGAUGACCCUACUGCAAAUGAAUCUAAGUGAUGACUGGCUGAGUCAAGCAUCAGCUUCCAUGCAGCUAGAUUUUCGCAACAAGAACUGGAUUUGAAAUAUCAGUGAUCAAAUAGAGGUUUCUAUACCUAUAAGAUAUAUUUAAGACGUUUCUACACCUAUCAGAUAUAUUUAAGAGGUUUCUACAUCUAUUAGAUAUAUUUCUUCUAGUAAACUUUGACCAUUAUUUCGUUCGUUGGGUGUGUUGUCAUGCCAAGGCAGUGGAGAGUUGAAGCUGAAACUCGUCCCCUGUCGAUUCAUUUAUCGUAGAGACAGAGACAACCUCAAAGCAUUGUCUAUAUAUGAUAGUUAUAUUUUGUUUUUUCUCUGCAUGUAAUGACUGCAUAUGGCUACAAACCUUGGAAUAUUAUAAUAAUUUCAGAGACGUUAUUAAUUACUUGAA